AAGAAUUCGUUACUUUUUUAUUUGUUGUGCUUGCUCUGUUUGUCGGUGUUGUGUGUUGUGCAUUCUCUCACAAAUUAAAUUAAAAGUGAUAAAUUAAAACCGUUUGUCUAUUGUCAAUCAAAAUAAAGAAAAUAGCUAAGGAAAUCAUAGUUAAAAGCAUAGCAGAAAAGAUAACCUCCAUCUAAGAGACAUCUGUUUGGUACUUCAGUCUUCGAAAAAUGUCAGCCAAAGCUUCCAAUCAACCUGGUCGCCGGACUCCCUUGUCCUUGAGUGGCGGGGUAAACAAGGGCCAAAAUAGCAACAACAAUCGAAGCGGCAAUAACUCGGCCAAUGGUCAUGGAAACAAUAAUAAACCAAAUCAGCAUCAAAAGACUGAACAAAAUCAGAACAAUAAUCAAAAACAACAACAGUCUGAAAAUUCAGGCAAAGGCGGCCAUAACAACAAGCAACAAACGGAAUCCAAAAUUCCCAAGCCACAUACAAGUCAAAAUUCAGAUAAUAACAAAAACCAGAAACAACAACAAAAUGCAAUUGUUGAUAAUAAAAAAUCAACGGAGAAGCAGCAGAAUGGUGUUGCCGCCAAUGGUAACAAAAAUAACCAGCAACAGUCCAAGGAUAAUAAGACUACCCCUCAAACAUCCAAUGAUGUUGCCAAAACUAAUGAUAAAAAGAAUGAGGUAGUGCAAAAUAAACCCGAAAAGGUAGAAAGUAAAACUCCUACGGUAACAGAGAAAUCCGAGAAAGAAGUGCCGAGCCCAAAAGAAAAUAUAAAGGACCAAAUUAAGGAAGACAAGAAGGAGGAAACAAAUUCGAAGAUCGAAGAAAAUAUGGAAACCGACAAACAAAUUGGUACCACUGUUGAAUCAAUUCCAAUUGAAGAUAAAAACAAGGAUGAGCAAAAAGAUAAAGUUGAAAGUAUGGAUGUUGCAGAUCUGCAUGAACCACAACAAGAACAGCAAGCAAAAGAAGAUUUACAAAUGUCUGCUCCUCCAACACCGAAAUCUGUAAAAGAAAACUCAAAGGCCGCCACACCCAAUAAGACGCCAAAUAAAAGUGUGGAAAAGACUCCAACCAAAAAAGAGUCUUCUUCCGUGGAAAACACCCCCAAAAAGGCUAAUGAGAAAACACCCGUUAAAACUACACCCACAAUACGUGAGGUUACCACAGCUAUUGAUGAUGUUGAAAUGGAAACUUUAGCUGUCGAUCAAUCGCCCAUAAAGAUUCAGGUCACCAACGAAGGUAUUGCUCCUUCAGCUACAUCUACCCCUGGCAAGAUAGUGUUGCCAAAACGUACAGCAGCACCUAAAACAGAUGUGCAAUUGGCCAUGCAACCAUCGUCUUCCCCCGAACGCCCCAGAACAUUUUCACAGAUAUCCGGCAGACGUGCUAUACGCCCCAUCAACGAGUACACACCAUCCAAAUUUCAGAGCAAUCCACAGUUCCGUGAAUCGUACAGACGUAUCAACCUUGAAUUGGAUGCUACCAAUACCAGUUUGAAUGUAACCGUUGGCUCGGAAAUUCCCAACAACUCGUCGUUCUCUUUCUUUGGCGGCCGUGGGCGUAAACGUGAGCGCACUCCUCCCCUUCAACAUUCACAAUCAGCUAUUGGAGAAUUCCAAACCGACAUGGAAAUAUCGCCACCAAAGCGAGCUCGUCUUGACUUCUUUAGCGUUGUUUCUUCGCCUUUGUCAUUGUUGCGCAACCGUUUCUCUAAAGCUACCCUGCAAAGCAGCACGCCCGUCAAGUUGCAACAAAAGCUGGAAGAAAAAGAAGAUGAUGUUGAAGUGCAAAAUGUUUCAGGUGUUUCCGUACACGAGGAUAUUGAGGACAAACCAAACGAAACAGAAGAUAAUUCCGCUGCCGAAACGACCGUAGGAGAAGAAGCAAUUGCAGCCGAAGACAAAAAUACCGCCGCUCCCACAGAAGGUGAAUUGGAAAUUGGCGACAAUGGCGCCAAGGAACUGCCACUGAAAUGCGGAGCCCAGGAAAUAUCCGAAGAUACUGAAGACAUUAAAAUCACAGUUACCGAUAAUGUGGCUAAAAAUAAGAGAUGUAUUGUUAUGUAAAAUGUAAAUUUAGUUUAGUUUUGUUUAGGUGUUUUAUAUAUAAGUAUUUCAUGACCACACCCGCCCGCCCCUGACCCAUUCUUAAGAAUUUUAAACCCUCACCAACCUUACCAUAAUGUAUUUGUGUAUGUAUGCCACUCAUAAAAAUUAGUAAAAAUUUUGGGUGAAAAAUUCUUAGUACAUUAAUGGAAAAUGUACUUUGUGGAUUUUUCGGUAACUAUUUUUGAAAUUUUAAAUGUAAAAUGGUUUUUAUUUUCUUAUAAAGUUCAAAAGAAAUGUAAUUAAAAAACCAUGCAAACAUUUAGAAAACAAAAGGAAAUUGAUAUCAAUAGUUCAUUUGUUCAAAACUGUUUAUUUUUGUUGGGUCUAUGAUUUAUAAAAAUAUGUGCAUUUGAAGUUCAAAUAUAACCACCAAUUGGAAUUUAGCUAUGAUUUUAUUUAUAUUUCAAAACUAUGCAGAUCUAACAAAGACAAAUUGUUUUGUAUUUGUCGUUGCAAAAAACAAAAAGAUUUUAAAUUGAAAAUUUUAAGGUCUUCUUUUUUUUAAGACACUCGUACUGUCUUACCAAAAAUGUAUAAAAUAACAUAAAAUUCUUAAUAAUUUAUUUUGAGAUUUUUUAUAGCAUACUUAUUUAUUUUUCAGUGCUGCAAAAAUAGGCUUCCAGUAAAGAUUGUUGAACAAAGUAAUAACAUUAAAGCAAACAAAAUUCAUUGCAAUCAUUUACAGUUUUCAUUUUCGAGUGACUUGAAAAAACCAGAAUAAAUUUUGAAUUUUAAAUCUUUUUAUUAUUUCUUCAAAAAUCACAUUGCCCCUAAGUACAUACACAAUACAAAUAUAAAUAUAUUUAUGAUCUAUUGGUGUGUCCAUAUUAAAAACAACAAAAGAAUACAAAUUUUAUGUUUAUACAUUAAUUCGAUUUAGUAUUAAAAAACAAGAGACAAAUCCUUAAAACAAAUGUUUAUAUAUAUGUUAAUUAAGAUUCCUUUUAUUUGAUGUAUUUUUUUGUGACUCAAAAUGAGGGUAUCCUUAUGCUCAUUCAGUAAUCUAACAAGACUCUCCUCCCUAUUCCAUAUCAAUUUAAUAUUUUAUUUUACAUAACAAAUGUUUCUUUAAAAGAUUUUGUCAUUUGCAAACAACAUCAAUAAUAAAAAUUCACGAUUUUACUUUGCUAACAUUUAAA